AUGGAUGAAAAUUACGAUGUUAUUGUGUUAGGUACCGGGUUAACUGAGUGUAUUCUCUCAGGAGUUUUGUCAGUUGAAGGGAAGAAAGUGUUACACAUUGACCGUCAGGAUUUCUACGGUGGAGAAUCUGCAUCUUUGAACUUGUCACAAUUGUACUCUAAGUUCAAACCUUCUGCUCAAAAACCAGAAUUGAAAGGUAGAGAUCGUGACUGGUGCGUUGACUUGAUUCCUAAAUUUUUAAUGGCGAAUGGAGAAUUAACCAAUAUUUUGGUACACACCGACGUCACGAGAUAUAUUGAAUUCAAGCAGAUUGGAGGAAGUUAUGUGUAUAGAAAUGGGCGUAUUGCCAAAGUUCCUUCUAAUGAGAUGGAGGCAGUUAGAAGUUCAUUGAUGGGAAUAUUCGAAAAGAGAAGAAUGAAGAGGUUUUUAGAAUUCAUUGCUAGCUAUAAGGAAGAGGAACCAAAAACCCACCAAGGAUUGAAUUUGGAUUCCAAUACCAUGAAUGAUGUCUACAACCACUUUGGAUUAGAAAACGGUACAAAAGAUUUCAUUGGUCAUGCCAUGGCAUUAUGGUCGAAUGACGACUACUUAAAUGAGGUUGCCAGACCAACUUAUGAUAGAAUUAUCUUGUAUGUGCAAUCGGUGGCCAAGUAUGGUAAGUCUCCAUAUAUUUAUCCAUUAUAUGGUUUAGGUGAAUUGCCACAAGGGUUUGCUAGAUUAUCGGCAAUUUACGGUGGUACAUAUAUGUUAGACACACCUAUUGAUGAAGUUUUAUACACUGAUGAUAAAAAGUUUGCAGGUGUCAAGACGAAAGAAGGUACUGCAAAGGCUCCAAUUGUGAUUGCUGACCCAACUUAUUUCCCAGAGAAGGUCAAGAAGACCGGCAGCAGAGUCAUUAGGGCCAUGUGUAUUAUGGACCACCCAAUUCCAAACACCAAUGAUUUAGAUUCUGUUCAAUUGAUCAUUCCUCAAAACCAAAUUGGCCGUAAGAGUGAUAUCUAUAUCACUGUCUUGUCCGAUGUCCAUUGUGUUGUUCCAAAGGGUUAUUAUUUGGCAAUUGUCUCGACCAUUAUCGAAACUGAACAACCUCAUGUUGAAUUGGAGCCUGCAUUCAAAUUAUUGGGCCCAAGACUAGAUACGUUAAUGGGUAUCGCCGAAUUAUAUGAACCUUUGGAAGACGGUACAUCCGAUGGAAUUUACUUAUCAAAGAGUUACGAUUCUACUUCUCAUUUCGAAAGUACUACCGAUGAUGUUAAAGAUUUAUAUUUCAGAGUCAUGGGUAAGCCUUUGGUCUUAAAGAAAAGACCAAAUGCCGAAGAAGAAGAGGCCUUAAACGGUCUUGAAUAG